UUUACAAGUUGCUAGUGUUGGCCGCGCCUUAACUAGGCAAGGACUGUGUGCCGUGUUAUAGUGAAAUAAAUUAACUAGACUAUCAUAGUUGCUUCUAGUGGUGUCUAAUUGGACAUGUGAUAUUUUUUCAAACUGUUACAUACUGUGUUUGGUUCACAGAAGGAUUGCAGGCUCACACGGUGAUUUUACUCGAAUAUAUCAAGAUGAUUUGGUUACCAAUAUUUUUGGUAGCCGCGGUCGGCUGCGUGAGCGGCCAGGAGACAGCACAGACGAGGGUUGCGAGCUCACUCAGUGAAUGUUACAGCAGUCCAUAUUUUUUGGACAGGAACAAUUUACCACCAGUCACUAUGCCAGUCCUCAUUGACGUUAUACGUAAAAUAGAAGAUAACACUACCACAUUGAAUUUAAGAGAGAUAACUACCCUACUGCUUCACACAUAUCGUCAAGAUGGUAUCCAGUUCCAUCAACCAGAGAACUCGGUCGCUUCUGCUAACGUGCUUCCGUUCGCCCCAACUUUCCACUCGUUCCAUCGUAACAGGCUGCUACUGACCAAGCUUCUUCCUGAAAACAGGCUUACUUUGAGUGCUGACACACUACCCUCAGUUUUGAAGUGUGCUCUUCAUCACAUGCUCUCGACAACUGUAGACACAAGAGUACGAGGUGACGAAAGCAGCUGCAGUCAACUAUCCCAAUACCGAGCUCUAAGAACUGCGAGAUCCGGUCGCUCUAUUAGCGACGAUGUCGAAAUUAUGAAACCAUCCGACUUACGAUCCGCUAACAAGAACGGAAAGAUGAGGCAGUACGAUCCUAACAAUGACGUGGAAUUCGGUAACAUGGGUGUCGGAUCCAUGUCUGAGCGACAAGUGGCUGAGAGCACUUGUCCUCUGUUGGGUGGUGUGGUGGACACACCGUGGGGCGCCGUGUCUGCAGGAAACCUGAUCGCCGGUAUUGCAACGGGAGCUCAACCACAAGUAGUCAACAUCAUGCAGCUGGUCAGGGAUGCCAGUCCAGUUAACUACAGGAAUGUUCAGCAAACUGUCAAUUCAUUGUUCCCAGCCACAUUAUCUGGUGAUCUGGCUGAAGCCGUUCUCAUUCAAGGAACCGAGCGAGGCAGCAGCUCUAUCUCAAUUGGUACUGCUGGUGGCUGGAACAGUACUCAAGCUCGCAGACACUUUAUGUUGCAAAACCGCAUUAACGUUGAGAUGACAGACCCUGAGAUCAGAGGAGGUAUCGAUGGAUUUGUUCUUGGUAGCAAUGUUGUUGCCCAAUUGGGAAUUGCCAGCAAUAUGAAACUCUCACAGCUCUUGGAUAUGUACUACUCACCUAGGAAUGGUGCUUUGGACCCCAACCUGCGUGCUUGCAACCGCCGUGAAUCCUUAAACAGAUUUGUAACCAAUGAGCAAUUGGUCUCUGAAACAAAUGCCUUCGCCGCCGCCUUGGACACUAACAUGCCUCUACGUGGCACUAUUAUUGGAGGACUUGAUCAACUCGUCACAAGCGCCGUCACCAAUCUGCGAUCCUACACCAAUGAUGUUUUGAACGACUUGAACUGUGAUGCGUCACAAUCACAGAGCAACAACUUCCGCACUAAGACCAAUUUGUACAUUGUGUUGGACUCCUCCUGGCAGUACCAGACUGUGAUGCCAGCCAUCGCAUACCUGGUAGACUCUAUUGAAGUCGGCAAAUUCGGAUCCAGUAUCACUCUUUUGAGCGCCUUUGAUGGAAGUGUAGUAGUUAAUACAACCUUCUCUCCUGCUGAUUUCUAUGCUGAAUACAAUGCUUUAAGACACACAUCAAUGACGGCGGGAAUCAGUUUUGAAAAUAGUUUGUCAAACGUUAAGCUGAUGAUGCAACAAAGAGUUGUUGACGAGUCUUCAAGGAACUACGUCGGUGGAAACUCUUCAGUGUUGUUGUAUCUGAUCAAUGGCAACUUACCGAUUUCUGACCGUGCUUGGGAACAAGCUAACGACAUAAACAAAACCCUUCCUGAUCUAAGAGUGUUGUUCGCGACCACUACCAAUCAGUUCGACUCAUUAUAUUCAUUCGUGCGUGAUAUGUACAAAGACAUUUUCACGGUCUCCCUCAACUCUGUGGGAACUGGUGUGGAUACUGCCAUGGCUCCCAUAUUACAGCGAAUUCAAUCCAUUGGCAGAAGAGUCGUAAACCCUGCUUGUGGUGUCUCAUUCACCGGAGGAUCAUCUGGUGCUAGAACAUUUGACGACUACGUUGAGCCUGGAUACGUGAAUUACUACAGAAUAAGUCCUAACUACUUCUUCGGUUACAAUGAAAACAGAAGGAUCAGGGUCAGUCGCACCAGCAGUGGAAUUGGAGGUCUCGUAGUUUGUCACUCUCGAACUGUUGAACAGCCCAGACGUGAUAACUCUACAGUGCUCAUUGAAGGCAGUGAAAAUAACCCGAUAACAUGUCAAACUUUGAAUACUGGCAACGUGGAGAUCGGCAUGCAGAAUCUAUGCGAUGGCUGGGACAGCACCAGCUCUUGUCCUCCGUUCUAUAUGUCGGUAGAGUCUGAUACCGGGCUCGCAGCGGGAGGACUCUCGUCUGCAUCUGCCGCGUGCACAGAUCCGAACUGCAGAUUCCCAUACAACAUCAGGUAUGCGAUUCAAGUAGACGAGCUGGGAUGUUACAACGGAGCUAGCAGCCUCGCAGCCAGCUUCCUCGUCCUACUCUCCGCCUUAUAUCUAACACUAUACGGUUCAUAAUUAGUUCUAACACAUUAAAAUUAAACCUACCGAUUAUUUUUAAUAUUUUUUUUAGUUAGAACCUAUAGGUAACAAAUCAAAAUGACAACAGACAGUAAUAUGCAUUUCAAACCCAGAAUUCGUAAGUGAAUAAUGUAGGUAUUUAUUAGGUUUAAUUCUUUAUUUUUUAAUUAUAAAUAAAUAUACCAAGUAUAAAUGUUGUUAAGUAAAUGUUAGUAGUUAAGAUUACCAAUCAAAAUAUAAAUGUAUCUAUCUAUAUAAUAUUGUGCAAAUACAUAUUUAUUUUAGCGUCAAUUACCUAAUUCAAUUUAGUUAAUGCACAGGGUACAAUAUAAAACAUUUUUUUUUUUAAUCUUUAGGCCAUGCUUUAAGAAUGCUUAUUUUUUUAUUAACUUAAUUGAUGUUAUUGAAUACCUUCGAACAAAGUUCACCUACACGUGAUAAAUAUCUAAUAUAUUAUGUAUUUACUACUAUAGAAUUUAUUUAUUUAUGUAAUUAAAUUUAUAAAACGCUUUUUUGUAACAUAUUUAUAGAGAUAUACUUGUAGGUUAUAUUAUACAUACAAUUAAAGAAUUUAAUAUAUUAAAUAAAGAUUAUAUACCAGUACCUAUAAUGUUAAACGCUUUCAGUGAUAGGUUUUGUUUAUGUUAGGUAUUACAAAUAAAGUGUUGUAAUUUGUUUUCGUUUUUUACCAAUAAAUAAAUAGUGAUAUAACAAAAA